GGCAAACAGGCAGAGAACAGCAGAGAUAUUUUUGUCAUUUUUAUUUACUUACUAACUUUAGUAACUUUCACAGUACUAAGUUGUUAAACACUAAUCCUAAACAGAUAGGGCCAAAGUAAAUAAAAGUCAACAAGGCCAGAAAGAAAAAUUACAAAAGUUACUCCCACAGAGUGUCUAUUUGUGUUACCUAUGUCUCAACGUAAAAUAAAUAGGUGAAAUGGACAUACUCUACUCAAGUGAAUCAGAUGGAGAUGCAUCUGUUAUUAUAUGCCUAGAUGAUUAUGAUGAAAAUGCCAAUGACAAUGAAAAUAAAGUACAAAAAAUUAGCAGCAAUAUAGAAGAUUCAAUAAAUAAAGAAACGUUGCAGGAAGAUCGAGACACUCACCAACAACCUGUAGUUGGGGUUGAAACUAUAGUUCCUAUAAAGGACUCUCCAGACAAGCAGAUAUCCAAGUUGCAGGAAGAUGGAGACAUUCACCAACAACCUGUAGUUGGGGUUGAAACUAUAGUUAUAAACGACUCUCCAGACAAGCAGAUGCCCAAGUUCCAGGAAGGUGCCACCACCAAGUGCUACACACCAAGUCACGAACAUCCUGUAGCUGGGUUUGCAAACAACUCCAUUGAAACUAUCGUGAUUGAAGACUCUUCAGAUAGGCUCAGAGAGAUAUGUGAGUUCCAGGAAGGUGCCAACACACCAAGUCACGAACAUCCUGUAGAUUGGUUUGAAAACUCCAUUGAAACUAUCGUGAUUGAAGACUCUUCAGAUAGGCUCAGAGAGAUAUGUGAGAAGAUGCCACCAAAAAUAUUAAGUUUUAUCAAAAAGCUGAUUAUUAAAGCUAUCACAUCCUCUACCGAAAAACAUGUUUCUUUUGAUGCAGUUGUAGAUCAUGUAUCCAAACAGCUGCAAAAAAAAAAUAAGAUCUUGAAGAAUCUUAUUUUAGAAAUUUUGGAAAAUGAUGAAGAUUUAUUCAUGCAAUAUACUAUACAAAUUAAUAAUAGAUUUGAGAGUGGAUACUGGACAAUACGCCCCUCUGCAGCAAUGAAACUUGUUCAACAGCAAAAAACAACAGUUCACAACAACAAAUCAAUAAGUCCAACAGAGAAAAAAUAUACAGAACUUCUCAUUAAAAAUAGGUGUCACUUGAAAAGAUUAACUGUGAAGUUAGAAAGAAUACCAGCCCUUGAUGCUAUGAGUUCCAUGACACAGAUAAUUCCAUCAGAUGAAGUCGCUAGUAAGUUAAAGAAUUACGGGGUGAAUAUAGGACUGAAGUGGACAGGCUGGAGCUCGCCAGAAUCACUUGAUAGUAAAAUCCUCCAUCUAGAAAAAAUAAUAAGCAAUUACAAUGAUGACAACAACAGUCACAGAGCCACUUCAACUGGAAAUACCCUAAAAUCAAAUUCAACUGGAAAAACCACUUCAAAUGAAAAUACCCUCAGAGCCACUUCAACUGAAAAUACCGUCAGAGUGAAAAGAAAAGGGUUCAAACGGGUGCGCCUGAGUGAAACCUCUGAUGGGGAAUCUCAUGACAUCCAUAAAGAACACAAUUACUCCAACAAAGACAGCCAGGGCUCAAAAAAUUUAAUAAAAAACCUUCAAAAAAUUGUUCAAAGAAUGGACAAAGACUCUGCUUAUGCCACAGACAGACAAGAUAAGGAUGGAGAUUUCCUUGGAUUUGAUUCCGAUCCGUCGAUUGGGACCUGGAGAGGAUGGGAUAAGGCAUCUUCACAAAAAUUGACAAAACUGAAUGAAGUAAUCAAAAAUCUAAGAGGAAACAGAGAUUUAGAAGAAGUUCUACAUGAGAGUCAUGUAGCCACUGCAUCAUGUUUGGAGAAUGAGAGAUUUCAUUUGAACAGUGAAGAUAAGAGACUUAAUCCAACGACAGCUGGUUCAAUUUCAUCAGUCCAAAUGUAUCACAAGGAGUUGAUGACGCUGUUUGACCAGAUGGCUGAGGAGCCUCCUAUCUCGUACAUGGUGCUCAUUGUGAUGGCUAUCUGUGCCAAUGUGGAGUUUGCUGCCACAGUGGAGGAUAUUUGUCAGUUUAUACGACAACACUUCCCCUACCACUGCCGAGAGGACCUGGACCACCUGGUGGAGGUAGUGCUGCGGCUCGGCUGUCCCUCCACAUUCAUCUGUCAGAAGAGUCGACGUGCUUCCAACCCUCCAAUCUGCUGGAGGAUAGAUGACUCCACCGCAUCUCAGAUACUGGCUCGGGCUUUACACUCGGCAAAGAAGAAGAAACAAUCAAGUCCAUCGAAAAAUACUACAGGAAAAUAUGGAUUAAAGUGCCAUGACCUCCCAGAGGAAAAUUCAAGCAAUAAAUCUCAAGAGAAGAUUGGUGGUACGAAGCCGUCUAUAUCAUCUGAUCAAGCGCCUAAUGGAAAAUGUAGUUUUAGCAAUGACUCCAAACAUACUCAACACUACCAGUUAAAUGGAACAAAGUACAAAUCACCCUGUAAAGUUGAGAUGAAACACUUAAAUUUAAUCAAAGUCUGUGAUAAACAAGUUAGUGAUAAGUCAACCCCUGUAAUCGAUACAAAAGUAGUUCCUCCUACAGUUGUUCCUUUGAAGAGCGAGUCGAAAAGCAAUGAACAAGGCAGCUCUGGUUGUAAAAAUAAAGUACCUGAUGCCACUGAAAAGGUAGUUAAAAAAACAAGCAAUGUCACUAACUCUAAAGAAGAUGAGAAAUUGGAUAUUGUUACCAUCAGUAAUUAUCUGCAGGCCAGAGAAAAAAUAAACUUUCAUAGUAAGAAUAAGGAAGAUAAGUUGGAUGAUGUAGGUUCUGCACAAGUACUCAGUAUCACCAAGGAUGGAUUUGAAAAUUCAAUCAAAAGUGAAGAAAAUACCGCUGAAAAAAAUUCUAAAUGCUUUUUUCUUCUAAGAUGCCAAAGUUUAAGGCAUGAAAAUGCACAGCAACCGUGUUACAUCUGUCAUAAAAUGUAUGGAAGUGUUCAAGUUUUGAAUAUUCAUUUUGCGCAAAAACAUUUUAGCAAAGACAAUGUUCAUGUACAAUCUUCAUUAUGUGAAAGAAGGAAAAAGGAAACCAAGGAAACUAAAAAAUUGGCUAUAGAGUCAUCAGAAAAUGUAUAUAAAUUAGAAGCCUCUGGUAUGAGAACCAGUAAUAAAAGUGAUACAAAGCAGUCAGCCAGUUCUGUUCGCUAUCACUGUCCAGAAUGUGUUGCCACAUUCCAUGACAGUAAAACCCUAAAUAUGCAUGUUUUAAUUUAUCAUAAAGACGAUCAAGUACAAAUUGACGUCCCCUUGAAACAGGUUUCCACACCAGGAGGGAACCGUUUCUAUUACUGUAAUAAAUGUUCCAACUGCUUCCACACAGAGAAGGGCCUAGCAGUGCAUCCCUGCCAACCCUUCUGACCCUCUUGUUCUUCAUCCAAGUGAAAUUUAAAUAAAAAGUGUUGAAAUAAUUAUGUAUUGCAGUGGCUGAGCAGCAACUUUACUUUACCAAUGGCAAGCAUUUCUAAGUCCUAGAUUAAUGAUAUGUAAAAAAAAUAUCAAAUAACAGCAUUGCCUGAUCCAUCUGAUUACCAAUACAUUCAAAAGUAUGUCAAAAAGUAAUUUUAGUACAGCUUCACAGGCUUUCCAUUUAUAGUUUAGGAUACUGUUUGACCAGCUCUUUUACUCUAGUAUAAUAUGAUAAACUAAGUCAAACAGUUUUAGAAGCGUGUUUAAGUUUUAAGCAUAAUUAUUUUAAAUACCAGUUUUUAUGUUGGAAAGAAUUGAAGUUUUAUUUGAUUUAAAAUCCAUCAACAAGCACCAGUCAAAUAGAUUAUGCUGAUUAUGCAUGACAAUGCUGUGCACUGUCUAGUUAUGGAACAUAACUUGUGAAUACA